AUGGCUGGGGGAGGUCUGCACUGUAACGUAAUAACCGUUUCGUUGGUGACUAUUGGAACUGUCAUUGCCAUAUUCUUCAUGGUAUCCGUUGUGGUUUUAAGUGGUCGUUCCAACAUCCCGGAAGUAUGCGAAUCGUAUAGUAACGACAUGAAGGUCACACAAUACGGCAUUGUGAUCGAAGUUGAAACCCCUUUCCCUAAGCCACGCCUAUUCUUCUGGAAGUUUGAUAUAAACGGAUCACUAGGCAAAGUUGAAGAAAAAACGUACAGGGUCAAACAAAAUAAAAAGAAACCAAGUGCGUUUCUCGAGUCUUGUUUAGACUCCAUCAGCAGGAUCGUUUCCAGAGACCAGCGUGAAACUACCGAGGUUGUCCUGCUGGCUACGGAUGAGAUCGAGGCAGUAAAGCUUCAGACGAAGUUGGACGAAGUCCGUGUUUUGCUUUCAUCUUACGCCUUCAACACCAGCAACGAUACCGUUGAAUCGCACGUCAUGACGGCUAAUGAUAUAGCUAGACACCGCUGGACACGUGAAAACGAACUGUUGGGGAUUAUAAAACCUGAUAUCAACCCAAGGCAAAAUGACUUCAUGGAAAAAGACAGAACACACUUGACAUACGGUUUACUCGAAGUCACGCACAGUUCUGCCCGGAUCACUUACGAGGUAAAGAUAGAUGGUAACUCUUCGCUCACAGCCAAUGAGAAUAUCGGAACACUUGAACUCUACGCGGAGGAAUAUAGCGUGUUUACUCAGAGUAUCCCCUGCUACGGACUACGAGCGGCUUACAGACAGUUCCAGCACCAUCUCAUAGAUAAGAUGAUUAAAUCAUCAAAAGACACGAUCGCCAACCCAUGUACUCCACCUGGAUACCACGAAACUGUCAGGUCAUCUGAUUUGCAUAAGAGGUCAUCUUGCCUCAUCCAAUCAGCGUCCACCAAUAACGGAAGUGACGUCGAUGCAUCGAUAUCAAGGCAAUCUACACAGCCGGAGCUGUACAAACUAGAAGGCACAGGUGAUGCCAAGGCAUGUGAAAGCGAGGUCAAUAGGCUUUCUCUGGGAAUGAAGUUGCAACCUGUGCCUCGCGGCAAAUUCAUGACAUAUCUUCCAUAUUUUCUGGUUGAUCUGUCCCACGUGACUGAUUUGACCAAUAGCAGGGACCAAUGCGAUUGGACACACAUGCCGGCUGAUAUGUUCAGAACGGAAGUAAACAUCACCGGCAUGAACCCUUGUUUUGUUGCCAACUAUUUGCACAGCUUGGUAUUUGACGACUUGAAGAUGGACAGAGAAACUUGGGAGGAUGUCAUCAUGCACGAAGACAAUAGACUUGACCAUCGCUGGUUCCUUGGGUUUGUUACGGGUGUCGUCAGCAGUCUGCCGCCCCCUACAUUCGCCUGCGUCCUGGUGCCAGAUCCAAACUUGGUUCAGCGUAAACAGCAAACUGUUCUCAUUCUAACUGUAGCCAUGAUAUUUGGGUUUGUUCUGGUUGCAUUGGGGUAUGGCUUUGCGUGUAAACGAGGUGAUGAUAACGAGUGGAUACCAUCAUCUGCGGAAAUGUAUCAAUUCGAACAAGUAUAG